AUGACCGAAAGUGCCAUCGGAAUGUCGCAGUUUGGUGCUGGAAAACCAGGAGGUUGGACACGUCCUGGAACAGGCGGUGAGAAAAUUCCUUUGUGUUCCAAAAUAUUUGUACCCGGCCUGUUUAGCUGUCUGCUUUCAAGCCCUUGGCCUUGA